AUGUUUGGUUUACCUGAUGUGCAGGGGUUUGGCCGUCGGGAGAUCAAGAUGAGUCCAGAAGAGCACACAGCCAAUAUAGUAUACCAGGUCGGAGCCCUACAAGCCUUUCUUGAUCGCGAAGGAGUCGAGAUGCAUCAUGUCAAGCCACAUGGCAUUCUGUACGGAAUGAUGAUUCGCGAUAUUGAGGUGAAACCAAUAUGGGAGAAGGCUGCAAAAGAAGCCGGUCUUGAGUUCUGGGCUGAAUACUUUGGAGAUGUCAAGUAUCAUGCAGAUGGGAUAUUGAAGAUUGAUAGGGAGAAGCAGCCAUGGAAGAUUGAAGAUGUCAAGGCUCAUGUCGAUGGGCAGUUGCGUAAGAGUCAAGUCAUAGCGAUCAGUGGGGAGAGAGUUACUCUUGAUGUGGGGGAUAGUCCUAUUACUAUUUGCUGUCACUCUGAUUCGCCUGGUUGUGUUGAAAUUGUGAAAGCAGUAAGGGAGGUGGCGGACCACUUUAACGAGGAGCGAUGUCUGUAG